AUGGACAAAGCGGUGGUCCAAGAACUCAUAGUACUUUUGGUUACACUUCUACUGUCUUAUCUCGAGAGUUGUUACGGCUGUACUCGCCACACGUACGUCGAUUGUGACCCGCGUAGCCCAUUGUGUGAAAAGAAAGGUAAACUAAAAAUGAACUAUCUAAAUGAGUUUGUGCUUGUAUUCAUCCAUAUCGCCAUCUCUAUACUGAAUCUAUCUCAAGCAUGUCGACAUAAGAAACAUUGUAAAGACCCGAACUGCUUUCCUUGUAACCAUUUCGGUGGACCCAAAGUUCGUUCCAAGCUCGAGAUAAAGUGGAAGAAGUUCUUUGGUGUAUUAUUUCUGAUGCUGGUGUUUGUCCUAUCAUCUGUGGACAGCUGCAAGCGGCGGCAGAACUGCCAGAAAUAUUGCCUGCCCUGCAAGUACAAGGGACCUAUCAUUGAAGUACUAUAUCCUAAAGAAGUGAGUUUUUUGGUAACUGAACUUCAGAAAGAUUAG